UCCAAGAUGGCGGCGCUGGUGCAGGUCCUCCGAUGCUGACAUGUUUUUAAACGAGUUUAUCCUUUUCUGUCGACAUAUAUGCAAAUAUUCAGCGUCUGGAGCGGGAGCGUUUGUUCGCCGAAGCUUUCGUCUGCCGCGUUAGUUCUGCCAACGCCGCUGAAAUUGGCUCCCCGGGCCGGAUUCCCGUUGCAGGCACCGAAAAGUUUGAGCUCCAUCAUCAUUUGAAAAUGAAGAGGCAGGCCGGGAGGGAGACCAGUCCGCCCAGGGCCGUCGCCAAGCGGAUACGGGAGAGGGAACGAGAGAGUGCGCGGAGAGAGGAGCUGCCGCCGCCGCCGCCGCCGCCGCUGGCUCUGCUGCUGGCGGAGAGCCGGGGAUAUCACCGACGGAGCCGAAGCAGGGAGCGAGAGAAGCCGCGGAUCAGGGAGGAGCGGGCGGCCGCCCUGGAGCUCCACCACCGACACGAGCUCAGCCUCCUCGGUCGUCCGCCGCUGCGGACCACGGCGGCGGAGCUGCCGGCGGCCAGGCCGGGCACUCUGGAGUACAAAACGCUCCUCAUCAGCAACCUCGGCUCGCAGGUCUCGGACGAGGACGUGGAGGACGCGCUGUUUCACGAGUUCAAAAAGUUCGGGGACGUCAGCGUGAAGCUGUCGCACACGCCAGAACUGGGCCGGAUCGCCUACGUGAAUUUUCGGCACCCGGAGGACGCCAAGGAGGCCAGGCACGCCAAGUCCUCCAGGUUAGUGCUGGGUGAACGGCAGCUCAAAAUCGAACCCAUGUACGUUAGGAGGCGGAGUGUCACGCCGCCGGACGUCGGGUAUUUACCUCUGCACGCACCCUACCCCUACAGGCAGCGCUCCCUCUCCCCGCCGGGGCCCGGCGUGAGCAACAUCAGAGACCUCAGAGCGAGACAUUACGCCUUGGAGACCCUGGGUCUGAGCAGGGAGAGGGAGAGGCUGUUGGACUACUACGGAAUGCUGGACGAGAGGGGCCGGCCCUACGGCUUCCCUCCCAUGCCAGUCGUGGAGGACUUAAAACCGGAGGACGACCAGAGGGCGACCAGUAACCUGUUUAUUGGGAAUCUGGAUGGUAAUGUUACAGAAGCAGAACUGAGGAGGGGUUUCGACAAGUACGGCAUCAUUGAGGAUGUUGUGAUCAAGCGCCCGGCUCGUGGACAGGGUGGGGCGUAUGCAUUUGUGCCAAAGUUCAGCAGCCAUGCAGGGGCCUGGCAGCAGGAGGAGGAUGCAAGGAGAGCGGGAGGGGUGGAAGCCUUCGGGAGGAGCGGGAGAGGAGCCAGGAGCCGCAGCAGGAGCAGGGAGCGAUGGCUGAAGGAGAGGGAGGAGAGGAGGAGCAGGAGGAGGAGCAGGAGCAGGAGUCUGUCAGCGGAUAGGCAGACAGAGGAGAGGGACAGGGAGCGGGAGAAGGAGAGGGGGAGGUCGAGGGUUCGAGGGCUGGGAGGGGUCGUCUCUCCUGAUGUGAGCCCGGACCGAGCGCGGGUCCGCGCUCCCGACUCCACUACGGAGCCCCGAGACCACUCUCCUGACAGCGGGGGAGGGGGACGCCACUCUGCAGCCAACGAAGAAGACCCGCCGUCUGGCCGCCACCACGGCAAGAGGUCCUCCAGCGCGCAUCUCAACAACCACCACCAUCGAAACAGCGAGGUCGUCGCUGCCAGCUCUCCCGCCCUCCACACGGACACGCACAACACCUCCUCCCCGAGCACGCUGUCAGAGUUCGCCCAGGCCUCGCUCUCCAAAGCGUGGCACGGCUUCUUUGCUCUGAAGAACAGCAGUUUCCCCACAGACCUGUACCUGCUGGAGGGUGGCCCCUCGUUCUUCAACACGGUGAUGAAGGAGAGCCUGAAACUGCAGAGCCAGAACCAGCCCAGCCAGCUGAAGAUCGCCCAGAGGCUCCGCAUGGACCAGACCCGGCUUGACGAGGUGUCGCGUCGCAUUAAACUGGGACGGCCCGAUGGGUUCGCCAUCCUGCUGGCUCUCCAGGGCCCCAUCGACCGCCAGGCCCCCGCCCCGGAGCCGGGACUGCAGGUGCGCCUGCUCCGCCACCUGGUGACCUACCUGCGGAACAAGGAGGCGGCCGGAGUUGUGAGCCUCCCUGCUGCGAAAGAGGGGGGGCCCGGGGCCAUGCUGUACGCCUUCCCCCCCGGAGAUUUCUCUCAACAGUACCUGCAGGCUGCCAAAAGGACUGUGGGUAAUCUGGACGAGGAGCACAUGGUGAUUGUGAUCGUCACUGACACUAAUUGAUUAUUACACUGAAGAGUACAUACAUGUACAGACGCCUGGAGGCCACACACGCACACACACACACGCGCGCACACACACACACACACACACACACACACAGACAGAAACCUGAGAGCAGACUCGCCUGGUGACUACAGAUACUUCUAUGUUUUUAGAAAGAUGCAUUUUAUUGUUUUAUUCAGUGUCUUAUAAAUGAAACACAGCAAAUUACACUACAUCUCUUUUCCUCCCGCUUCCUCUCUUAUUACUUUAUGUCUCCCUCUCUCCGUCGCUCAGUUGUUGCCGCAGAUACGAAUGAUUUCAGACCCCGGGUUUCUGGGGGAUGAAGCGUCGAAACGGUCUGUAACGAAAAACACUCGAGGGAGAGAGGAAAUGUGGAGGCCUGCUGCACACACAGGCAGCACCAUUACUGUCGUACUCUAAGCUGUAACACACAACGCUAAAACCGAGGGAUUUGUUUAUAUGCUUGUUUACUUUAUUUGUCGUUUCUGUUUUUCUUUUAUCUAAAUAUACCGGGUUGUUCCGUAUAUCCAACACAAGUGGGACUAGGAGGUUUCUAUACAAAGCGAUUGUACUGUAAACAGAGAGGCAAAGCGGUGCCAGCUGAGUCCUGGCUCGGGCUACUCCAGUCCGUCUCCUCUGCUGGCCUCUACUCGCAGGUUGAGACUGUUGUGAGGUGCUUUUUGUUUAAAAGCACCAGCCAGCACGGCCAGUAGAGACAAAAGUGAAUUUCCUGACCCGUCCCUGUGACUCUAUACUUUACAUAGCUAGUGUUUUUAUCAGCUGAACCAUUCCAGUUUCUUCUUUCUUUUCGAAAGGUGUGAGUGCGUCUGGUCCCUUGUUGCAUGCAGGAAAAGAAAAAGAGUUCUGUUUUGUGCGUCUGUAACGUGUGCCUCCCUUUCAGUACAACACUCGGGACGUCUCAGUUUAGUGGAGAGACAUGUUCAGCCGUCAUACUGGUGCGAGGCCUGAUGAUGUUUCUGGUUGGAAUUUUAUAUUGUACACCAACUUUUAUUCAGUUUUAACACAGCGAUCCAUCCAUCUUGAACCCAUCCAUUCUCCUUGUCUCUUUUCGUCCGCCGUCACCGUAGAUUUAAAAGAUGUCUUUGUCGCUUCAGUGCCGCGUGUCUUUUCCUUGUCUCUUAAUGCGACCGUCAUUUACAGGCAGUUUUAGCUGAAUGAAACAAUGAUGUAAUUUUGAGAAAUCAGAAGAAUUGAUGUGAGCUCUUUAAUUACCUUCCGAAACAUACAAACACAACAUGCAUGGUCGUUUUAGUGAAAUUCAUCUCAAGUGUUCCCAAAAUAUUUUCGAACCGCUCCCAAGUUCUGUCUUUAACACUGUUACUUGCUUCUGGGAUUCACAUGACUGAACCUGCCUUGACUUAACUUUCUAACAUCGAUUUUUAAGUGAAUUUUUGUGCAACAACAACAACAGAGUUAAACUAUGUUUUCUCGCCCAGAUGAUAUUGAAUGAAAUAUUAGAGGCGGGAGAAUUGAAAAACAAUGGAGAUGAUGCUGCUCACCUGCGUUGGGGGCCGUUGUGUUGUCGGUGUGUGUGAAACUUGGGAGCCGUGAAAACGUAAAUGUCCUGCAGCUUUUCAUACACAGCGUUUCGACGUCGUCACGUGUUUGUUUUCAGACGUUUCGUUUUGCACCAACACGACCAGAAUGUACGUAGUUCACGUAGAAGAGGCCAGAAGCGUAAUACCUGUUUGUUGACAUCUCUCAUCGCACGCUGUCAGCUCCCUUUACCCCGUUCAUUGUUUUACAAAAGCCAGAAAAAUGAGAGGAUGAGAGUGUGAAAAUGUGUCUGGUUCUUUUAUGAGGAAAAUGACUUCAGGUUUUAACAGUGUAGAGCGGUAAACACUGUGUGUGUGUGUGUGUGUGUGUGUGUGUGUGUGUUCAGUGAUGUAAGGACUAAUCAGGAAUUAGAGGACAUGUCAGACUGAAGCCAAACAUGGCAUUUUAAUUCCCAACCUUUUUUUUUUUUUAAUAGCACAAGUAACUAAAUGUGUUCAAGUCAAGAUGACUUGCAGGUCAAACUGAUAAAUGUAAAAUACGCAAAACACGUAGAUUUGGUUCUGAGAGAUAAAACGACAUAGUUUGGGUGAAUUUCUGCAGAAGAGAAACGACUGCAACUCACCGUUAUUUUCAUCAGUGACUAAUCUGACGAUAAUUUUAUCCAUUGGUUAACUGUUCGUUCUAUAAAAUGUCAGGAAAAAAGCUAAUUUUGUCCAAAGACCAACGUAAAGUCUCCAAAUUUCACGCUUUUUCGGACCAAAACUCGAAAACCGUAAGAGAUUCAGUUUACUGACACGUAAAACCGCAGGAAGCAGGAAAUGGAAUUGUGCACUGGAGAAACUGGAACGAGGAAUUUCGGGCAAUUUUUUUUUUUGCUGGAAAAACUUCGAUAAUUAAUCAAUUAUCCAAACAGCUGGCAAUUAUUUUUCUGACGAUCGAGUAACUGAUCAAUCAGCGAAUCACGUAAGCUCCAGGAAAGCCUGUUUUCCUAAAACGUUACAUACCUACAGGUACAAUACAGGAAAAAAAAGGUUGAAGACUGGUAGACGAGAAAUGCUCAUCUUACUUUGGAACAUCAUCCUUCAUUCUUUUGUUCUGUUCUAUCAAAGAGUGGGUGUCACGACAAACUAAUCCCGUGUCUGCUGUCUUCGUUCAGUUACAGCGUGUGAUUCGCAACAGGAUAUCCUGUACGUUACCGGUGGUGGAAAGUAACUAAGUAGAUUUACUCAGGCACUGAAGCCCAAGUUUUUGGUUUGCGUACUUGACUCGAUUAUGUCCAUUUCUGCUACUUUAUACUUCUCCACUACAUUUCAGAUGGAAAUAUUGUACUUUUACUCCCCUGCGUUAACCUGUCAGCUCUAGUUGCAGCUUAUUUUUCAGAUUAAUAACUGAACCAAACAUAUGAUCAUCUUCUCAAACAUGGUUCAUUGUUAAUCUCCCUCUUAUCAAGUCACUUUAGCCUGGAAUUGAGUCCUUUUUAAGCUUUUCUUUCCUGAAACACGUGAAACACAUCUGCCAGUACAGUGGGGACAUUUCAGCCUAUUUCCAAUGUAAAUCAACUUAUUUUAAAAAAAAUCUACUUCCCAAAAUUCCUGUGCAGCAAUGCGCCUGACACAGACACGCUUUUCUGUAAUAUUUUUAAACAGGUAGAUUUACAGUAAAACAGGCUUAAAUAUUCUCACUACACUGCGAAAACAGGGUUUUCAGGACUCAGUUAUAGACAAAAGUGCCUUUUAUGAGAUUCCGAUUUUUGCAUGUUAAACAGCCCGACGCAUCAAGAAGUAGUUAACAUCAGCCCUCACAUGAACGCAUUGGUGCUAAUAGUCCUGUAAUAUGUAGGACACUGCUAGAGGAGCCAUUCAGCAUGAGAGGUGCUUUAUGUUUAUGUUUUGCCAUUAAUACUUCUCUGUUUUUUAUUUGAGUACGAUCUUGCUGCACCACUUUUCCCCCUAACGCAGUAUUUCUAAACCGUACUGUUGCUGUUUUCACCCGAGUAACGGGUCUUAGUGCUUCUUCCACCACUGGUAACUGCCAUUUUCACAUGUGGCUCGACGAGAUGGUCUUUCUACACCGUCUUAAGUGUCCUGAUUAUAACGCAACGGCUGGACUAGACUCUUCUCUUUGUUUUGCUCACCACUGCACACGCUGCUGCUUCUGUCGUUCUCGUGUUCGUUUUCUGUUCAUUGGUCAGAAAGUCGCUCCCCCCAGCGUUUGAGGAUCUCUGGCUCGUAGGUGUUCGAUGAGGGAAAAAACGAGGCUCGUGUCCUCAAGAAAAAACCGACCUCGAGAGGUCGAAACUCUGAGGGGUUUCCUCCGGAAAAGCUUCUCCUCGUCCUCGUAAUGAGGCUUCUGGAAAACUUAAGACGCACAGGUAAAAAGAUUUGGUCGCGUGACACUGAAACCGUUGCUGAAUGUUCACCGCCUCACCAAUCAUACAAAACAUGACAGUUUUGUACAACACGCCAUCAAAGAAAACAAAGAUGUAAGAAACACUACUUUUUCUGUCAGCUGCUCUCCAUGAACGAUAAGUUGUGAAUAGACUUGCUUGUUCCCGUCUCAUCUGAACUUGUGGUGUGCUGUGUUGUGACCGAUGACGUUACACAGACCAGGUGGAGUGCAAAUCCACGACGACAAUCGGUUUUCGUACACAGAUCCCCUCUUUGGUUUUGUUUUUGUGUCAACAUAGAAAACGUGUAUUCUGCAUUAAAAAGAAAACAAACAAAAAAGUGUAAUAAACAUUUUAUGCUCUUUGUAA